GCAGCAGUACCUUUGACGAAGUUCUAAGUUAUACAGUUGCACUUUUUUUAUAUUAUAUUACUUUGUUUCUUACCACCAUUGCAAAAAAUCGGUCUCUGCAGCAGGUUUUAACCAUGGAAUCAGCGGCAAGAACAACAACAACAACAACAACUCAUAUAGCCCUUGUUUCUAUCCCAGCUUUCAGCCACCAAGUCUCAAUCCUCGAGUUCGCAAAACGUCUCCUUAAUCUCCACAACAACACCUUCAACAUCACAUGCAUCAUUCCAACACUUAACUCCUCUUACAAUAACAUUGCCACCAAACCCUUCUUUGAUUCCCUCCCUCCGAACAUUCACUGCAUUUUCCUCCCCUCAGUGUACUUCGAGGACCUAAACAACAAUGGAGUCUCUGUGGAGAUCCAAAUCCAGCUCUCGGUUUCUCGCGCCAUGCCCUCCGUUAGGGAAACCCUAAGAUCACUCUUUGAUGCCACCAACAACGUCGUCGCCAUCGUUGCCGAUGCCAUGGUCCCGGAGGCGCUCGAUUUUGGUAAGGAACUCGGCAUCUUAUCCUACAUCUACUUCCCUUGUUCCACAAUGUUGCUAUCCCUAUGCCUUCAUUCUUCAAAUUUGGAUGAACAAGUUUCUUGUGAGUAUAGAGAUCACCCAAACCUAAUAGAGAUUCCAGGUUGCAUCUCUAUUUAUGGCAGGGAUCUUCCAAAUAGUGUCCAAAAUAGGUCUAGUUUGGAGUACAAGUUGUUCCUUCAACGUUGCCAAAGAUACCGUAGUGCUCAUGAUGGUAUAUUGGUCAAUAGCUUCAUGGAAUUGGAAGAAGAAGCAACAAAAGCAAUAACCCAACAUGCUAAAGGGAAUGGGAAUUGUAGCUACCCUCCUGUGUAUCCAAUUGGGCCUAUUACACAAACUGGGCCUAGUGAUCCAAAAAGUGGGUGUGAAUGUUUAUUGUGGUUGGAUAAACAACCACCUAAUUCAGUUCUUUAUGUGUCAUUUGGAAGUGGUGGCACACUCUGCCAAGAGCAGAUCAAUGAACUUGCUUUAGGGUUGGAAUUGAGUAGGCACAAGUUUUUGUGGGUUAAUUUGAGGGCACCAAAUGAUAGAGCAAGUGCCACUUAUUUUAGUGAUGGCGGUUUGGUGGAUGAUCCUUUGCAUUUUCUACCAUUAGGGUUCAUAGAGAGAACCAAAGGGCAGGGUUUGGUUAUGUGUGGCUGGGCCCCACAAGUUGAGGUCCUAGGUCACAAGUCAAUUGGUGCAUUUUUGACUCAUUGUGGUUGGAAUUCGGUUUUGGAGAGUGUGGUGCAUGGAGUGCCAAUGAUGGCUUGGCCUUUGUUUGCUGAACAAAGAACCAAUGCGGCUUUGGUAACCGAUGGAUUGAAAGUUGCUGUGAGACCAAACGUUGACACUAGUGGCAAUAGUGUGGUGGUGAAGGAGGAAAUUGUUAAGCUCAUAAAGAGCCUCAUGGAGGGGUUGGUGGGUGAAGAAAUUCGUAGGAGAAUGAAGGAACUGCAAAAGUUUGCUGAAUGUGCUGUGAUGAAAGAUGGGUCGUCAACAAGGACAAUAUGCAAGUUGGCACACAAGUGGAAAAGUUUGGGAAGACCUUAACUACUAGAAGAUUGAAUGUGGUAAUCCCCUUAUAAUUAAGUUUCAACUAUUGUGUUUUGUUUUAUUAUUUCAUAUUAAUUAACGUGGUUGUUUGUUUGGAAUGCAUUAAUGUAUUAAAUAUUUCGUUUUGCAAUUUCUUAGGUAGGUAUAUGGUGUUUUAUAUUGAUUGAAAUAACAUAUGAUAAUUAAGUUCAUUUUAUCU